AAGCUCAGAGAAAAAAUGGCUAUUGUUGAGUCGCUGCUGCAGUUUCCCAGCACAGGUACAUUACUGGGGGCUUUGCUGUUGCUUCUGGUUUUGUAUUUGCUGUCUUCUCAAUCCAAAUCUCAGAAAGAGAGGAAAGAGCCACCGGGACCCAAACCACUGCCACUGGUGGGGAACCUGCUGACCCUUGACCUCACGAGACCCUUUGACACCUUUUUUGAGCUGUCUAAAAACUACGGGAACAUAUUCCAAGUGUUUUUGGGUCCCAAAAAAACAGUGGUCCUAGUUGGAUACAAAACCAUCAAAGAAGCUCUUGUGAACUAUGCAGAAGAGUUCGGCGACAGAGAAAUUGCACCUAGCUUCAGGAUAACGAACGGCAAAAAUGGGAUCAUCUUCUCCAACGGAGAAAACUGGAAAGAGAUGCGACGCUUCGCUCUCAGCAACCUGCGGGACUUUGGGAUGGGCAAGAGAGGAAGUGAAGAGAAAAUCAUAGAAGAAAUUCAGUAUCUGAAAGGAGAAUUUGAUAAGUUUGAAGGAAAAGCCUUCGACACGACACAGCCUGUGAACUACGCUGUGUCAAACAUCAUCUCAUCUAUCGUGUACGGCAGCAGAUUUAAAUACACAGACCCUGAAUUCACUCAAAUGGUUGACAGAGCAAAUGAAAAUCUUCGGGCUGGUGGAUCGACUUCUGUGAUGCUGUGCAACAUAUUUCCGUGGUUGGGUUUGUUCCUGAAAAACAAAAAGAAUGUUCUAAACAAUAUUCUGCAAAAUAGACAACAGAUGAUGAAGUUGAUCAAUGCGCUUCAGGAGACUCUAAAUCCACACGACAGCAGAGGAUUUGUUGACUCUUUUCUCAUUCGCAAACAGAACGAUGAGAAAUCUGGCAAGAAGGACUCAUACUUUCACCAGGACAAUCUUAUGUUAUCUGUGUCAAAUCUGUUUGUUGCUGGUACUGACACCACGGGAACAACUCUGCGUUGGGGUUUGAUGCUUAUGGCCAAAUACCCUCAUAUACAGGAUCGAGUUCAGGAGGAGAUUGACAGAGUCAUCGGUGGACGUCAGCCAGUGGUGGAAGACAGAAAGAAAUUACCGUAUACAGAUGCUGUGAUCCAUGAAACCCAGAGAUUGGCUAACAUAGUACCCAUGAAUCUCCCUCACGUAACCAGCUGUGACGUUACCUUCAAUGGAUACUUCAUCAAGAAGGGCACCACUAUAGUUCCUCUGCUGACAUCUGUUUUGAAGGAUCCAAGUGAAUGGGAAAAACCAAACAGCUUUUACCCUGAACACUUCCUUGAUGAGAAGGGCCAGUUUGUCAAGAGAGAUGCUUUCAUGCCCUUUUCUGCAGGACGCAGGGUUUGUGUUGGAGAGAGUUUGGCCAGGAUGGAGCUCUUCCUGUUUUUCACCUCCCUCCUUCAGUGCUACCGCUUCACAACUCCACCUGGAGUUUCUGGAGAUGAGCUGGAUCUUAAAGGAGUAGUCGGACUCACGUUGAAUCCAUCGCCACACAAGCUGUGUGCGAUCCGGCGCUCCUGAAUCAAGUUUAUAUCAGCAGUCCUUAAAUUCUUGCACUUUCUGAGUAAUAUUCUUGUCUCUGUCAUUUGUAAGCUCUUUAAGUAGCUGUGUUUUCUUGAAGCUCUCCGACUGAAAAUGGUAACCAAAAGCUGCACAGUGUGUUUUAUUUUCAGAGUUGCACUGCGGUAAAAAUAGCAACAGGUAGUGGCUCACUGAGUGUAGCCAUUUUACGUCAUCAAAAUAAUGGCGCCCCCCCCAUAGUCCAAAAUAUGUAGAAAACAAUGAGGAUUUUUUAAAUAACGCAAAUCUUUCAUGGGUUUUCUGCUACAUAUUUCAGUAAGAGACACCAUACGUUAUAUUAAGCCAUACAAGUCUUAAUACCCAGGGUUCCCUUUAAGAAUUUUGAUGGCAGCCAGUCAAACACAAUACACAUAUAUAGUUUUAAAGCACCAUACCAGCCCUGUAUUAUUUAUUGGGUCACUUUGAUUUAAAGGAUGACUUCCAUCAGAAUCACAUGGUGGCAUUCGAAAAAAAACAACACAUGGAUUCAGCUGGUAGACUUGCAGUAUGGUGUAUAUAUAUCCACACAUAAUCCAAUUUGUUUAGUGACUUUCUACGCACAAUAUGAGUCAAUAAGACGGGCGAAUAAUGGAGGCCAUAGUUCAUUUUGCAGAGUUUUACGAGUAUAUUACUCUCAGCAAAAAUGUACAAAGCUGUAACUGGGGCUGUACAAAAGCUAAAGGACAUGUCUUUCUGUCACAUUUACCCCUGAAUAGUACAUACCAUUGAGGUCAAAAGUUUACAUGUACCUUGCAGAAUCUACAAAAUGUUAAUUAUUUUACCAAAAUGAGAUACAAAAUGCGUGUUGUUUUUAUUUAGUACUGACCUGAAUAAGAUAUUUCACAUAAAAGACAUUUACAUAUAGUCCACAAGAGAAAAUAAUAGUUGAAUUUAUUAAUAAAAAUGACCCCGUUUAAAAGUUUACAUGCACUUGAUUCUUAACACUGUGUUGUUACCUUGAUGAUCCACAGCUGCGUUUUUUGUUUAGUGAUAGUUGUUCAUGGGUCCCUUGUUUGUCCUGAACAGUUAAACUGCCUGCUGUUCUUCAGAAAAAUCCUUCAGGUCCCAGAAAUUAUUUUGUUUUUCAGCAUUUUUGUGUAUUUGAAGAUUUUCCAACAAUAACUGUAUGAUUUUGAGAUCCAUUUUUUCACACUGAGGACAACUGAGGGACUCAUAUGCAACUAUUACAGAAGGUUCAAAUGCUCACUGAUGCCACAGAAGGAAAAAAAAUGCAUUAAGAGCUGGGGGUGAAAACUUCUGAACAAAAUUUUGCCUAAAUAUCAUAUUUUUUUCCAUUAAGUACUCCCCUUCAGAAGCUACAGAAGAUACCUACAUAUUUCCCAGAAGACAAAAAAGUCAAAUUUACCCUGAUUUUCAAAUUCAAAAAGUUUUCACCCCUGGCUCUUACAGUUUUUCUGAAUAGCUAAAACACAUUUUUUUAAAACCAUCACUCAUUUUCUCAAAACCUUAAACGCAAAUCCAAAUGUUCAAACUAAAUUCACAAAACCUCUGACUUUUCUGGCAAAAUCAAACAAUCUCUUCAAAACCAUUUCACCUGUACUCAAAAUCAAACAAAGCUUUCAAUAUCAUACACAUAUUAGUCAAUACUAUACACACUACAGAUCAUUCAUUGGACACUACAUCAAAAAUUGGAGAACACAGUGCCAGUGCAUGUAGUUUUUUGCGAUUAAAAAAAAGGUACAUAAACAUACACACACAAAAUCACAAAAACACCUAAGUUUGGUGAAUAUACCAAAAAAAAUAAAAAGGAAAAAAAACACACAUAUGUAUAUGUGUUUGUGUACAUGUAUAUCUAUAUCUGUAUCGGUACACAGAUGUCACGGUUGAAGUAAUCGCACCGGCGCAAACAAACACAAAACAUAUCAGUUCCAGGCACCUAGCAUUGCUAACUUGACAGCACAGUGGUUACUUUAUCAAAAUAAAACACAGUGAACCAAACAUCAGUGCCCACCUCACUGUGUCACUGUUACAACGCCACUGAAAGUCUAUAAUUUACAUA